UGGCUUCUGGUGUGGCUGAAGCCACGAAGAUGCUCCCGGGUUCAAGAGACGCUUCUGCCGGUCCACGAUGUCCAAGCUGCGGGCGGUGAAGUCGCUGGUGGCCGAGAGGCUGGCGGCCGCUGCGGAGGAGAUCUCCAGCGCGGUGGAGAAGAAGCUGCAGCUCACCUCAGACAUGACGCCUGAGCAGCAGAGGGCGGCUGUGCACCAGCGUCUGUCGGUGGUUGCCGACGAGAUCUUCAGGAUUCUGGAGAAAAUGUUUAGCGAAUACGAGGCAGACGUCUCCGGUUCCCUCGAGGAGAACGAAGGUAAACGGCAGCCGACGAGCGUCACGUUGAAAACGGAGACAUAUGUUUACAGAGCAGGCGGACCGCCGCUCUCUCCGGCGAUCUGUGAAGAGGACGAAGAGGACAAAGAAGACGAAGAGGACGCUUCCUCUGGCAAGAGCGGGAGCCCCAGUCGGGUCCAGAGAACAUCGGCUCUGCCUCGGAGUAAAGACGCGUCUACGGAGGCCGACUGUGCGCCGAUCCACGGCCAACCGUCGCACCUUCACCGAACACGGAGAGCAGAAUCGGUGAUGGGGACGUUGGCGCCUAGCGACCACGACGUUCCCUCGUCCAACGAUUCGGAACCUGCGAGUGAAGACGACGACGACGACGAGACGAACGGGAAACGUCUCAAAUCGAACAAAAGCAGAACAUUCGAGAGACGCGGUGACGGCGAGGAUUAUUGCGAAAUGUGCGGAAGGUCUUUCCUCCAAAGUGCCGCUGGGAAGAAACUCCCAAAACAGGAACGUAAAAUGUCCGCAACAACCAAGAUCCAAGCGACGGGACGGAGUUGUUGCCGCGUGUGCGGAAAGUUGUUCCGCUACAAACGCUCGUUUCUGAAACACGUCCUGGCGCACGAACAGACCUCCGAUCUGUGCGGCGCCUGCGGGAAACACCUGGACGCCGACGAGAGCCUGAAGGUGCACCUGCAGACCCACGGCGAAGAGAACCGCUGCCGGGAUCCGGCGGGGGACGGGCGGUCCGAGGCGGAGGGCUCCGACGGCGAGAGUCCAGCGGGGGACGAGGAGUGGAGGCACGGCGACGGAAGCGACGGAGGCAGCGACGCCAGCGACGCGCCGUGUUCCCGAAAGUCCAAAACUGAAGGAGCGACCGAACCCAGAGGCGCCGGCCAUCCGGGCCCCGCGGAUCCGACGCCUCUGAAACACCGCUGCCGAGUCUGCGGCAAGUUCUUCUGCUACCGAGCCUCCUUCCUGAAGCACGUGCAGGAAGACGAGGCCGACGCGGACCUCUGCGGCGUGUGCGGGAAGCGCUUCGACUCCGAGGACGGCCUGCGGCGCCACCUGCAGGCGUACGCGCGGACCGACGACUGCGAGGUCUGCGGCAAACACUUCGACGGCCGCAAGCAGCUGGAGAUGCACAAGCGCACGCACACGGGCGAGAAGCCGUACGUCUGCAGCGUCUGCGGCAAAGCGUUCGCCCAGAGCGGGAACCUGGCGGGCCACAUGCGGGCGCACACGGGCGAGCGGCCCUACGCCUGCAGCGUGUGCGGCCAGAGCUUCGGCUUCAAGGAGUACAUGACGGCGCACAUGCGCAUCCACACGGGCGAGAAGCCGUUCCUCUGCAGCGUCUGCGGGAAGGGCUUCCGGCAGCGGGGCACCCUGAAGACGCACACCAUGAUCCACACGGGCGAGUCGGCGCACCGCUGCGCCGUGUGCGGCAAGAAGUUCUCCAAGAGCGGCGCGCUGAAGAUCCACAUGCGGUCGCACACGGGCGAGAAGCCCUACCUGUGCACCGUGUGCGGCAAGAGCUUCACGGCCAGCGGCUCGCUCGCCAAGCACACGGGCGCCCACGAGGGCGCCAGGGGGGGGGAGCUGAGGAGGAGGCGCGCUCGGGCUCACGACGGCGACGCCGCGCGGCUUUAACGUCCGGCGAGGGACGUUUGGAGGAUUCUCUCCUCGAUGAAUUUAUCGACGGGGGAAAUUGUCAACGUAUUUUGUUUUGUUUGUUGUUGCUUUAUUUAGUUUGCUUGUCAAGAUGAAAUGCGGAUGUGUUGCCCGGUUUCAGCGUCUCAGUGGGAGCUGUGUCUAUUUUCUGUGUUUAUUAGUGACGAACAGGACAGACGUCAAUUUGGUUUUAGGACAAUUUCAUUUUUCACUAUUUUCUGACAUUUGUUGUUUUACACAUUGUUAUUUAUUAUGAUGGUCUCUUCAAGUUUUAUUUAAUUUCAUAUAAGUCUGUUACAUGUUUAGCGGCCUCUGUACUUAAUGUUCUACGUGGUGCCGAUGUCCAGGACACUUCUAACUGAGUCUUAAAACAUCUGAAAUGUGAUGCAACACUCCAAUACGAUUACUUUUUUUUCUAAAUACUAUACUAAGGUACCUUUUUACAACAUAUUAUACAUUCAGACUUUUUUAAGGAUUUUAUUGAACAAACUUUUUCAUGAAACCUCAAAUUAUAUACUAUAAUUAAAAAAUGUUUACAUUAGAAUUUCAUGAUUUUUUUUUUUUUACAUUUCACUGAGUUGAUGGGAUGUUUUUGUGACGUACGAUUCAACGAUCAUUUCAUGACUUUCAACCCAUUAUGAAAUGUUUAAGAUAUCUUUGACAGGCUGUGACUCAAGUAAAGGAUCUACAUUCCUCCUCUUCAGAUA